AAAAACAACUAAAUAAAUAAAUAAACAGCGCUUGAAUUCAAGUGCUGGAGUGGGUGGAGUUUAAAGGAUGCUUUACGGGUGCAGAAGAAGUUGUUGCUUUCACACGCCGAAGCCAUGCGUAGUGCGUGUGACUGAAUGACCCCCGGCCGGUGAGGACGGAGGAUGCUGGAGUAUGAGGCAGGAGCAGACAUGCGACUGGUCCGUCAGAUCAGCGCCGGGAUGAAGAUCCAGGCCGGGGGAGAGCACACAGGCUGCAGCAAGGUCGCGGACAAUCCGGAGAACCAGGUCAUCUGUUUGCAGUGUCAGGAGGAGCUGGUGCAGGUUUGUCCGGGGAGUCCGCGCAGUCCUCGCCGCGCCAUCGCGCCGCGCUUCUCCUCCGGAUCUGCAGACUGUGAGCCCAGCAGUAGCAGCUACAAUGCCUCUUCAGGAACCUUCUACAGCUGUGUCAGCCAGAUCACCAUUGGGUUUGAUCUUGGGGGUCAAGUGGCCAUCGGUUUCUCCCACUGGAAGAGUCCAUUCCCAGCGAGUGGCCCGGAUCUCCCCAGUCCGGACUGCGUUCACUCUGAGGCCUCCACCGUCCCACCCAUCAGCGAGUAUCUGGAGCCGGUGUCCUGCCCGGCGUCGCUGUCCAUCACGCCGCUGCCCACCUGCAGCGCCAGCCAGGAGACGCUCUGCGACAGCAGCACCAGAGUGAGUUUGUCUCUACAUGGGUCUGAGCCCCAGCGGCGGAGCCCCCACCGACGCAGAGUCCCGCUGCAACCCUCGGCCUCAGGCUACCAGGCAGCGGACAGACCUCUCGCCUUCCCCUCAACUGGGAAGGCAGACAUCAUGGAGGAAUCCUCGUCUCCAGCCGCGGACUCCAGCACUCAAGACGAAGUGCCUCCCGUCGCUGUGAAGGAUGUUAACGUGCUGCUUGAGAGAGAAAUGUCCGAGGGCAUAAGCAGCCCAUCCAGACACAACGACUCCACCCUGCUGAACCUGGAAAACAACAGCAGCAUCCUCGAUGACAACACAAAGUCGGAUUCUGGCCUCCCGGAGGGGAGAGGGAAGUCCAGCGGCCUGUGCUUCAGCGAUGGAAAGAGUCGCAUUGACUACAUCCUGGUUUACAGAAAGUCCAGCUCGCAGUCCGAGAAGAGGGAGAUAUUUGAGAGGAACAUGCGUGCAGAGGGCUUACAGAUGGAAAAGGAGGCCUCCAUAACAAACAGUGACGUGCUCUUUCUGAAGAUCCAUGCGCCGUGGGAUGUUCUCUGUCGCUACGCUGAGCUCAUGAACAUUCGCAUGCCGUUCAGGAGGAAAAUCUUGUACAUGCACCGACGGCACAAGUUCAUGAGCAGGAUGGAAAAGCGCAUAAACAAGUUUCGUGGCUGGCUUCCUCGCAAGCCCAUGAAGUUUGACAGCGAAACUCUGCCCGACCUGGAGGAGAACGAGAGCUUCACCGCCCCCUUCAGUCGAUCAAGGAUACAUCAUUUCAUCAUCCACAACAAAGACUCUUUUUUCAACAACGCCACCAGAAGUCGCAUUGUCCACCACAUCCUUCAGCGGGUCAAAUAUGAGGAGGGAAAAAAUAAGAUGGGCUCCUGUUUCUCUUCUGGUUUGUGUUUGAUUCCAGGGCUCAAUCGUCUUUUGAGCAAUAAUUCAUUUGAGGCAGCCUUCCCUCUUCAUGAGGGGAGCUACCACAGCAAAAACUCCAUCAGAACACACGGAGCAGAGAACCACCGGCACCUGCUGUAUGAAUGUUGGGCCUGGUGGGGGGUUUGGUACAAGUACCAACCGCUGGACCUCAUCAGGAGGUAUUUUGGGGAGAAGAUCGGUCUGUACUUUGCCUGGCUCGGCUGGUACACUGGGAUGCUGUUUCCUGCAGCUCUGGUCGGUCUCUUGGUAUUCCUGUAUGGCCUCUUCACUCUGGAGCACUGCCAGGUCAGUAAAGAAAUCUGCCAGGCCACUGAUGUCAUCAUGUGCCCCAUCUGUGACCAGUACUGCCCCUACCUGAGACUGUCAGACAGCUGCAUCUACGCCAAGGUCACCCAUCUCUUUGACAAUGGUGCAACUGUUUUCUUUGCUGUAUUCAUGGCUGUUUGGGCAACGGUCUUCCUGGAGUUCUGGAAAAGGCGCAGAGCUGUCCUUGCAUACGACUGGGACCUCAUUGACUGGGAGGAAGAGGAGGACGAAAUACGCCCCCAGUUUGAGGCCAAGUACUCCAAGAAGGAGAGAAUGAACCCAAUAUCUGGAAAGCCUGAACCUUACCAGGAUUUCACUGACAAAUACAGUCGCCUAGUCGUCUCAGCAUCUGGGAUCUUCUUCAUGAUAUUGGUGGUCAUCGCCGCUGUGUUCGGCAUCGUCAUUUACCGAGUGAUCACCGUCAGCACCUUCGCCGCCUUCGGCUGGGCUCUGAUCAGGAACAACUCUCAAGUGGCGACCACGGGAACGGCAGUCUGCAUCAACUUCUGCAUGAUCAUGCUCCUCAACGUGCUAUAUGAAAAGGUUGCUCUUCUUCUCACUAAUUUAGAACAGCCAAGGACAGAGUCCGAGUGGGAGAACAGCUUCACCCUUAAGAUGUUCCUCUUUCAGUUUGUUAACCUCAACAGUUCGACUUUCUACAUCGCCUUCUUCUUGGGAAGAUUUACAGGCCGGCCCGGUGCAUAUCUGCGCCUCAUCAAUCGCUGGAAACUGGAAGAAUGCCACCCCAGUGGUUGUCUCAUUGACCUCUGUCUGCAGAUGGGGAUCAUCAUGGUGCUAAAACAGACCUGGAACAAUUUCAUGGAGCUCGGCUAUCCGCUGAUCCAGAACUGGUGGACCCGGCGGAGAUUGAGGAGAGAGCACGGGCAGAACGCCAAGGCCAGCUUCCCACAGUGGGAGAGGGAUUACAACCUACAGCCAAUGAAUGCUUACGGACUCUUUGAUGAAUACUUAGAAAUGAUUCUACAGUUUGGCUUCACCACCAUCUUUGUGGCAGCAUUCCCUCUGGCCCCUCUCUUAGCGUUAAUCAACAACGUCAUCGAGAUCCGUUUGGAUGCCUACAAGUUUGUCACACAGUGGCGGCGACCUCUGCCCUCACAAGCCAAAGACAUAGGGAUCUGGUAUGGCAUUCUGGAGGGCAUCGGCAUCUUGUCCGUCAUCACCAACGCCUUUGUCAUCGCAGUUACCUCAGACUUCAUUCCUCGCCUUGUUUACGCCUACAAGUAUGGACCUUGUGCUGGUCAGGGUCGAGCAGGGGAGGGGUGUAUGUUGGGUUACGUCAACGCCAGUCUUUCAGUAUUCCGGGUGUCUGACUUUGAGAGGAGAUCACAGUACAGGACUAAUGGCUCUGAGCUGUUUGGACAAGCUGUCGAGUUUUGCAGGUAUCGUGACUACAGGGAGCCUCCAGACUCUGCCGAGCCCUACGAAUACACUCUACAGUUCUGGCACGUCCUGGCGGCCAGGCUUGCAUUCAUCAUUGUGUUCGAGCAUAUGGUCUUUGCCAUCAAAACCCUGAUUGCGUACCUGAUCCCCGACCUCCCCAAGGACCUGCGGGACAGAAUGCGCCGAGAGAAAUACCUGAUCCAGGAGAUGAUGUACGAGGCCGAGUUGGAGAGACUGCAGAAGGAGAAAAACGAGAAGAAGAACAAAGACAGGGUCCAAAACAAGGAAUGGCCCUGAAUACACCAACUGGUUAUCAGCUGGUGUUUGGUUUUCACUGCACAGUGGAGGAAGGAGAGGAGUGCUGGGUUUCCUGCAUGAUACCGGACCCUCAUACCUUCCUCCUGCCAUGUCAGACCAGCACCUCCUAGUGGACAAUAUAUGAACUGCAUCCAGCAGAGCCACACAGUGUACACAGGGCCCAUCGUGUCUGCAUUCACGACGGAUGUCCUCUGGAACAUUUGACUGUGGGUUUUGUUACGUUUUUCUUCUUCUCUCCAGUUUCUACCACUUUGGACUCUCAACAGCAGAUGUCUUCAGAUCCUAAAUGUAGAUUUCAAGCGAGACUAAAAUCUUACAGACUUCUGGUUUUAGAGAGAAAUAACCAACCAAGCUUAGUGAAUGACAAGCCCUGUUUACAUUUCUCCUCGUUUGAGGAGUUCACAUAUUGCUUUAUUGUAAAUAAAGAUAUUUAAAUGAAUGUCAGGCCAUCCGCUCUGCUAUAGUGUAGUGCAAUAAAAAAAAGCUAGAGAAUGCAAUUUCUGGAGAGAUUGCGGUGGGAUUGCUGGCUGCUGAAAACCUGACUGAUGGACAGUCACAAGCUAAACUCCAUAACUUGAAAAGCUGGGCUACGUUGCUUCACGUAUAGCAGGUAGCUGAACAGCAUCGCUUAAAAA